AUGGUCUCUACGCGCCGUCAAUGCUACAACUCCGAGUCUGAGUCGUUUAAUACGCCAGAGCCGCCUCGAAAACGCGCCCGACUCAACAGCCAACGCGUCCAACUAAGCCGACAGCAUAACUUUCGCCCGCCUCUUCUAACGAAUCCACCGCCGCCCUACGAGCAUCGUCCUGCCUCUCGAAAUAACCGAUGGACCUCUCCUACUAGCAGUGCGCCUAGUGUCAGCAAUUUCUAUGGGGUUGGGGAUAUAGACGCGCUGGAUAAUAUCUUUGUGUCAGAUAUUAAGUUGAAUCGUGUGUAUUGCUUCAUCCUCUCGCAAUCGAAGGACUAUUGA